UUAUCUUGUGUGCUUUGGCAGAACACUUUUAGUGCUGAAGUGUUUUGAAGCAGUUGAGUGGAGCAUAUGUUAUACAAGCACAAUGUCCAGUCACCUUUUGAGGAUCAUUCUAGCAGUCUCCUGGUUGGUCAGUUGCAUUUGUCAGCCUGAAAGAAAAUACUCAUCCAGAUCACUUGCAUCUAAUUUUGGUAAAUCCCAGUGUGAUAUAAAUGUGUAUUUUACUAUCGACACAUCAGAGAGCGUCGCAGUGAAGUUCAACUCUGGCAUGGAUGAACUGAAAGUCUUUGUUAGUAUGUUUGUAAAAAAGUUAAAAGAGAUCAAAAUACGAGGCAGCCAAACAAAAUGGAAAUAUGGAGCUCUUCACUUUUCAGAUCAUGUAGAGUCCAUCAUCUCAUUAACACACGAGACAACUACAUUCAUCAAAGCAAUCAAUCAGGUCAAUUACAUUGGUCGUGGGACAUUUGUGGAUUGUGCUCUGAAAAACAUGACUGAAGCUCUCCAAAAGGAGUCAGAAGGGGGCAUAAAAUUUGGCAUUGUCCUUACUGAUGGCCACAUAACUGGAAACCCCUGCGGUGGAACCAUAGAGGCAGCUGAGGCCAUGAGAAAUGCUGGAGUUAAAACAUUUGUGGUGGCUACAAGUUCAGAUAGUAUAGAAGGUGAACUACUUGUGAUAGCCAGCAGCCCAGUGGAAAUAUAUAGAAAUAAGUAUCUGAUAAAUCCAAGCAGCCAAAGGAACAGAACAAUUAGUAGGAUCAUUAACCUAAUGGUCAAAGAAGCUGAGUCAGAGUGCAGUGGAACAAUCUGCUUACCAAUGGCAGGAGUAUCCGGCUUGAAAGGCAUGAAAGGGUAUAAGGGCAUUAAAGGAAAUAUUGGAUUGCCAGGUGAUCUCGGUGCUGCAGGACCUCCGGGUGAAGUAGGAAUAGAAGGUCCAAUUGGAUUUCCAGGUCCAAAGGGUGAACCUGGACAAAAAGGAGAACAAGGCGAUACUGGUGAAAUAGGGGCAAAGGGGGGGCCUGGACUACCAGGCUACAAUGGGAUUCCAGGACAGAAGGGUAAACCAGGUCGCAUUGGCCCAACAGGUUGUAAAGGAAGGGUAGGAAUUCAAGGUGAAGAAGGACAUCGUGGCAGUUUUGGACUAAAAGGCAUUCCAGGAGAUCCAGGGGAGAAGGGUUUUCCUGGGAAGCAAGGCCAGUCUGGUCCAUCUGGAAUGAAAGGAGAUGAAGGCGAUAAGGGGUCUUCAGGAUACAGAGGGAACAUUGGCCUUCCAGGAAUGAAAGGAUUAAAGGGAAAGACGGGUGCUCCUGGAGUUCUGGGUGAUCAAGGAAUCCGUGGUGAUAAUGGGCUCCCUGGGCCACGCGGUCGUCAGGGCAUUAAAGGACAGCAGGGAGAGCUGGGGCCAGAAGGAGAGAGAGGACCAAUAGGUGAAAGAGGAAACAAAGGAGGAGCUGGUGCUCCUGGCUUUCCAGGUCCAAGAGGACCUCCUGGUCAGAUUGGUCCCAUUGGAGAAAAGGGCAGCCCUGGUGACCCUGGAGAUAUUGGAGACAGAGGAGAUACAGGACUGCCUGGCUCACCGGGAGACAGAGGAAAACAGGGUAAUAACUACAUGGGUUCCAGAGGCAUUCAGGGCGACAGAGGAGAUGUUGGACUUCCUGGUUUUCCAGGUAUGAGAGGAUAUUUUGGAGAGAAAGGAGAACAAGGACCAAAAGGACCAAAAGGGGACCCAGGUGAAUAUGGUCCCCACGGACAACCGGGAGAGAGAGGUCCAACUGGUACUCCAGGUUCCCCAGGCCCGUCAGGAUAUCGUGGUGACCCAGGCAUAACGGACUGUGAAAUCAAGAGUUAUGUUGAAGAAAUCUGUGGAUGCUGUGAUUGUUACAAGUCAUGUCAGCCAGUUGAUGUGGUAUUUGUGAUUGACAGCUCUGAAAGUGUCGGCAAGACAAACUUCAGCCUUGCCAAAAAUUUUGUCAUCAACAUUGCUAACCGUAUUGGGAAAAUGGCAAAAAAUACAUCUGAUAUGACAGGUUCCCGACUUGGCGUAGUUCAGUACAGUGAUCAAGGUAACGUCCAAGCAAUCAGAAUGGAUGAUCCUAGUAUUACCACCAAGUCUUCUUUCAUAAGUAGGGUAAAAUCUAUGGAGUGGUUAGCCGGUGGCACAUGGACCCCUUCAGCACUGAAGUAUACCUAUGAGCAGCUGAUAUGGCUAAACGAAAGAGUAGUGAAUAAAGUUGUGGCUAUAGUGAUCACAGAUGGAAGAUACGACCCUAAGGACAUAGACAAGCUGGAAUGGCUAUGUAAAGGUGUAGACGUAUAUGCAAUAGGUAUUGGAGAUAUGUUCAACACAAUCGCUGAGAAAAAGGAGCUGGAAAAGAUAGCCUGCAAUGUUCGUGAACGGGUGAAAAAUCUAAGCGUUUAUGCUGAACUGGCAGCUGAAGAUUUUCUUGAAACUAUGGAAGAUAUACUGUGUCCAGAACCUGACAUUACUUGUCCAGACUCAGUUUGUACCCAAGCAAUCACGCUUGGACCACUGGUAGGUCGCCCAGUGGACAUUGUGUUCUUUGUUGAUGGUUCCGAGAGAAUAGGCAAGGAUAACUUUGUACAUUUUCUAAGAUUUAUAAAGCACAUAGCACAUGAACUUAAACUAGCAACACAUGACCAGGACCUACAGGGAGCUAGAAUUGCUGUCAUCCAAUAUGGAGGUGAAAAUGAACAAAACAUGCUUCUGGGUUUCACAUUCAACCUAACAAGCUUCCAGACAUUGCCUUCCAACGCAGUAUACUAUGAAUCAUCGUCUCACAUUGGUACGGCUAUACUGUAUGUCAUAAAGAAUAUUCUACACAGUCAGUCUGGUGGUGCAAGGGAAAAUGCAGAGGUUUCCUUUGUGUUCAUAACUGAUGGAAUGAGCAACAGCAAGAACCUAGCAGAAGGUCUGGAUAUGAUACGUGCCAAUAACAUUGUCACCUGCGCAGUUGCUGUUGGUUCUGAUGUGAAUUCUGCAAGGCUCACACAACUUGCUCUAAAAGAUACAGCAUCCGUAUUCAUCCUAAAACAACAUGAGCAACUAUUCUCCACUGCAUUAAUUAGAAAUAUUGUACAAUGGUUGGGAUAAAUAUUUGCAAGUGAUCUUGGGUUAUGUUAAUCUAGUAAAUGCAGUGGUCUAUGUGCUUUCAAGUUUAGUUAUGGAAAUACAACAGGAAUCCAGCUACAAACAAUAUGGAAACAUGAAUUAUUUGUACAAUACCCCCUUUCCCGUUGUGUUGCCAUCUCUAGUACAAAAUGCAAAACAACUGAUGUGCCAAACAAGUGCAUGUUAAAGCCCAAUGCAAUAUACACAGGUUAUGGUCACUGCAUUAAAAAUCCAAUUUUACACUGUGAUGUUAUGUGUCACCAGUAAGUGAA